AUGUCCACUAAAAGGGGUUUUGUUAAACUUAUGGCUUGGACAAUACCAUUUAAAAAGCGGGAAUGUUUAGAUAAGUCAACAAAGCCUCGAACCUGUGCCGAAACAAAAUCGUUCCUUGAUCACGAGUUGAGACCUCUAUAUAAUACGACUGUGCAACACCGUAUACGUUCAUUCACGGCGACCCUUGAAGGAAACACGUUGAACGACCGAGGCGUAAAACACACAGCUCCUUACUUUGCUGAUAUGCUUCCUUGUCCAUUCUCUUCAGGUCAAGUUGCUUCAGUUUGCCAGUUUCUCCAGAAUAACGGAGAGAUAGAUCGCCUUUCGCGAUUUCUAUGGUCCUUACCCGCAGAUAUAGAAAGCGACGAGAAAACUACCGAGACAAUUCUUGUCUCGAAAGCUGUUGUUCACUUCUAUCAGAACAACUUCAAGGAAUUGUACGCAAUACUCGAGAGCAACAAGUUCUCCAAAGAGAACCAUGAACGACUACAAUGUCUCUGGAGGACAGCACACUACAUCGAAGCGGAAAGGCAACGUGGCAGGCCUUUGGGAGCUGUAGGGAAAUAUCGUGUGCGAAGAAAGUACCCUCUCCCUCGGACGAUUUGGGACGGCGAGGAGACCACUUACUGCUUCAAGGAGAAAUCGAGGAACAUUCUGAACAAGGCGUACACCGACAAUCCAUAUCCCACUCCUCGUGAGAAGUAUGAGCUAGCGAAGAUGACUGAUCUCACUGUAACACAAGUCAGUAACUGGUUUAAGAACAAGAGGCAACGAGUGCGCGCUGCAGAAAUGAGAAAAGGGGGUCUGGAUCAAGACGGAAUGAUGAAAAUGAAAGGACCAGGACGGUCCAUGAUGUUCAGCUAUGAUGAACUACGAUCUCACUUCCCUUACCUUAUUCCACAAGCCCCAGUCAUUCCAACGCCACAGCCUUCGGUGUCUGCAGCUUACUUUCAAGACCUUCACGUGCACGCUCACGCACAUGCUCAGUUUCACCGUUCAUACGCGCCGCUCCAAACGUACCCAGCAUAUGUUUCGGGAAGUCCUCAUCCAUGUACCAGCACGUGCACCAGUAACCAUACACAAGUUACUCCUCUGAGUUUGUCUUCACAGACAAGUGCUUUUGAACCGAUCUAUUCUAGUCGGCUUGCAUUGGACAACUUGUAAUCGCGAAUUAUGUUUGAAAAUUUAAUUGAAUAACUUUUGAGCGUUUUCUUUUGUUUUAUUUGUAUUUUUCAGUCACAUUAAUCUCGUGAAUUAGCUAUACAUUGUACAGAGAUUAUAACUAAAAAAGAAAAACUAUUUUCCGACCAAGUAGAAAGCCUCCGCUACGGGGUGCUCGUGGCUGAUCUUAUAAUGGGAAGUUAUAUGUAUGUAUUCAUUGGUGUACAGCAUGCAGUUACUUGUUAGAAAUUGAAAAGACAAUACAAUACAGAUGGACUAGCUAAGAGAUUAAGAUUAAAAGCUUGACUGCGGUAUCUAUUUUAACUCAUUAUUUGAAAUCGUCUGGUUUUCAUUGAAAAUACUUUGAACUCUAUAAUAUCACUUUUACCACUUAAAUCGACAUUUUUGUAGCAGCUAGCAUUGCUGCUGAUAAUUUUCAAAUACUAUUGAGGAGGCAGGAGCACAGUGGAAUACUCUCAAUAAAAUAAUUGAAGGCUAAGAAGAACCAAUUUUAUCAAUGAUAAUGAUAGCAAUGAUA